AGAGCUAAUUCUGUGUUGCACUCUGUGUUUCCGGUGUGUGUUUCCGUCUAAGAUGUUUGGUAACAUGUUUCUGUUCAGCGGUGAAUGACAGCGGAGUUCCUCCUCAAAGGUGAGUUCACCCCACCGACCCAACCUCAGGUGUGGACUAACUGCAGGUACCAGCCAUGCUGCUCCCCCUUCUUCUGCGCCCGUCUCUCCGCUGCUCUCAGGCCUCUCAGGUCCUGUUAACACGAUGUGUGCGCUGCGACGCCUCUCGGACACUGCACUCUCAGGCUGAGCACUUCCUGCGACGGAGGCUCCCCCUGCGCCUCCACACACAGAGCCGAGGCACUAAGAGCCGAGGAAGGAAGUCCAGGAGCCAGGAGGAGGAUUGGAAAACCAGGAACAAGACAGUGCUGACGUACAUCGCCGCUGCAGGGGUGGGGAUGAUCGGCCUGUCGUACGCUGCAGUGCCGCUCUACAGGCUCUACUGCCAGGCCUCGGGGCUCGGCGGCAUGGCGGUGGCCGGGCAUGACGCAGAUCAGGUGGAGACGAUGAAGCCGGUGAAGGAGCGGGUCCUCAAGAUCACCUUCAACGCAGACACACACGCCAGCAUGCAGUGGAACUUCAGACCGCAGCAGACAGAGAUCUACGUGGUUCCAGGUGAGACGGCGCUCGCUUUCUACAGAGCAAAGAACCCCACAAAUAAACCCAUCAUCGGCAUCUCCACCUACAACGUGGUGCCCUUUGAGGCCGGACAGUACUUCAACAAGAUCCAGUGUUUCUGCUUCGAGGAGCAGCGACUGAACCCUCACGAGGAGGUGGACAUGCCCGUCUUCUUCUACAUCGACCCGGAGUUUGACGAGGACCCCCGGAUGGCCCGAGUGGACACCAUCACCCUGUCCUACACCUUCUUCGAGGCCAAGGAGGGUCAGAAGCUCCCUCUGCCCGGAUACAGCUACAACUGAUCCGUACACACAGGGGGAGGGUCACAGAAACCAGGAGGCUAGUUCUGGUUCAAAUCUCAGUGCGAGUAAAAGAGAAGGAAAAAGACAAUCCAAGACUCACUGAAGUAUUUGUUUUUAAUGUGAAAUGCAUUGCCCCCCAAAAAAGACUUAAACCAAACAACAACCAGAUUUCUUUU